AAAGUGAAUCAAAUGUAAAUAAGGACAUUUUGUUUUCAACCUAAAAUGUUUAUACACGGUGCUUUUUGUGUGUUGAGGUCGGAACGCUUCCUCGUGUUCCUAGUUUCCAGUCGGAAUGUGACACUCUUUCAUUAACAGAACAUCAACAUGGCAGCUGUUCUAUCGCCGAGACCGUGCGAUAGCAAUCCUGCGACUCCUGGGACGCAGUCUGUGAAGGAUGACAUUGAGGAGAAUUCCAGUGAUGGUAGUCAGGCACCCAAGCGACGCAGGAUGGGCUCAGGGGACAGUUCCCGGAGCUGUGACACAUCUAACCACGAGCUGGGACCAACAUACUUCCCUGCUGAAAAUCUGACAGAAUACAAAUGGCCUCCGGAUGACACAGGGGAGUAUUAUAUGCUACAAGAACAAGUGAGCGAGUACUUGGGAGUCACGUCAUUCAAACGGAAAUAUCCAGACUUGGAAAGGAGAGACCUGUCUCACAAAGAAAAACUUUAUCUGAGAGAGCAAAAUGUGAUUACAGAAACGCAGUGUACACUGGGUCUCACUGCUUUGCGCAGUGAUGAAGUUAUUGAUUUGAUGAUUAAGGAGUACCCAGCCAAACAUGCCGAGUACUCAGUCAUACUGCAGGAGCGAGAGCGGCAGAGGAUAACUAAGGAGUACUCUGUGAGCACUCUUAGUGCAGCAGGUAGCGCAUUCAUUCAAACUACUUUAAAUGACUGGAAUAAUAAGAGCACAACAAGCAACACACAAGCAAAUCCUGUUUACCAGUCAAAUUCAUUUGUAAAUGGAAAAUCAACAGUUCUGAAAUAUGAUCAGUAUGUGAAAAAUACUGUUAAUGAGAGAACCAAAACUACACUGCUGCAGCAAAUGCAGCAACAGAAUCCUCAAAAAGUUGAAGCCAGUAAAGUGCCAGAGUACAUAAAGAAAGCAGCUAAAAAAGCUGCUGAAUUCAACAGUAAUUUCAACCGAGAGCGGAUGGAAGAGAGAAGAGCUUAUUUUGACCUUCAAACACAUAUUAUUCAGGUACCUCAAGGAAAAUACAAAGUCCUCCCUCCAGAAAGAACCAAGACGGGUCCAUACCCAGUUGCACUCAUUCCUGGCCAGUUCCAAGAGUUCUACAAAAGGUACUCUCCAAAUGAGCUCCGCUACUUGCCCUUGAACACUGCUCUAUAUGAGCCUCCGCUGGACCCAGAGCUGCCUGCCCUGGACAGUGAUGGCGACUCUGAUGAUGGUGAAGAUGGGAAAGAUGAUGGAAAAAAACAUAAAGGUUCCUCUGACAGUUCAUCAGGAAACACUUCAGAUGGAGACAGCCAAGACAGCGGAAUUCAAUCCAAAGUCAAGAGCAAAGACCGACCCGGCACCCAGGGCAAAGAUGCCACUCCCCGCUCCAUCCAACACAAAUCUGUCCCUGGGUACAAGCCUAAGGUCAUUCCCAAUGCUAUAUGUGGCAUAUGCCAGAAGGGUAAGGAGGCCAACAAGAAAGGCAAACCAGAGGCUCUCAUCCACUGCUCCCAGUGCCAAAACAGUGGUCACCCGUCCUGCUUGGAUAUGAGUGUGGAGUUGGUGUCCCAGAUCAAGAUGUAUCCCUGGCAGUGCAUGGAAUGCAAGACCUGCACCGUGUGCGAGCAGCCGCACCAUGAGGAGGAGAUGAUGUUCUGUGACAAGUGUGAUCGAGGCUACCACACCUUCUGUGUGGGCAUGGACUCCAUUCCUCUGGGUUGCUGGGUCUGUGAUUUAUGUAACAAAGAGAUACCUACACCUCAGAAGAAGGGAACGAUAAAAACACCCAAAAAAUCUAAAUAAGUUCCAAAAAGCUGACCAAUUUUUACAACACUUUUGAUAUUUUUAUUUUUCUAUUAUUUGAAUGACAAGUCCAUAAAUGUUUGGUAUGUUGCUUAAUUAUUUUUUUUUCUUACAUUAUGUAGCUGAUUUUUUUUUUUAUACAAUUGUUUCCACUGUAGAAGUUUUUGUAUUGUUUACAAUAAAGUUCAAAACAGA